UUGACCUCUCGUCAUCACACUCUCUUCCCAAAACCAUUGACAUUACACAAUAACUGAAGCAAUAUCGAGGGACAUCAGCAAAAUGGGUAUCUCCAAGAUCCACGCACGAUCUGUCUACGACUCGCGCGGUAACCCAACCGUCGAGGUUGAUAUCGUCACCGAGACCGGCCUCCACCGAGCCAUCGUUCCUUCCGGUGCAUCGACUGGCUCCCAUGAGGCUUGCGAACUUCGCGAUGGCGGAAAGGCUUGGGGCGGCAAGGGUGUCACCAAAGCCGUCGCCAACGUGAACGAGACCAUCGCUCCUGCCCUCAUCAAGAAGAACUUGGACGUCAAGGACCAGUCCGCAGUCGACAAGUUCCUCAACGAGCUCGAUGGCACACCAAACAAGACCACUCUCGGCGCCAAUGCCAUUCUUGGUGUCUCCAUGGCCGUGGCCAAGGCUGCUGCAGCUGAGAAGCGUGUCCCACUCUACGCACACAUCAGCGAUCUCGCUGGCACCAAGAAGCCAUACGUCCUCCCAGUUCCAUUCAUGAACGUUCUCAACGGAGGCUCCCACGCCGGUGGCCGCCUUGCCUUCCAGGAAUUCAUGAUCGUCCCAAGCGAAGCCGCCACCUUUACCGAGGCCAUGCAGCAGGGCGCUGAGGUCUACCAGAAGCUCAAGUCUCUCGCCAAGAAGAAGUACGGCCAGUCCGCAGGCAACGUUGGUGACGAGGGUGGUGUUGCACCAGAUAUUCAGACCGCCGAUGAGGCUCUCACCCUGAUUACCGAUGCCAUCGAGCAGACUGGCUACACUGGCAAGAUCAAGAUUGCCAUGGAUGUUGCUUCUUCCGAGUUCUACAAGACAGAGGAGAAGAAGUACGACCUCGACUUCAAGAACCCAGACAGCGACCCAACCAAGUGGGUUACAUACGAGCAGCUCGCAGACCAAUACCGCGAGCUCGCCAAGAAGUACCCAAUCGUUUCCAUCGAGGACCCAUUCGCCGAGGAUGACUGGGAGGCCUGGAGCUACUUCUACAAGAACAGCGACUUCCAAAUCGUCGGUGACGACUUGACUGUCACCAACCCAACUUUCAUCAAGAAGGCCAUCGAGACCAAGGCUUGCAACGCUCUUCUCCUCAAGGUCAACCAGAUCGGUACUAUCACCGAGGCCAUCCAGGCCGCCAAGGACGCCUAUGCUGCCGGCUGGGGUGUCAUGGUUUCCCACCGUUCAGGUGAGACCGAAGAUGUCACUAUUGCUGACAUCGCUGUUGGUCUGCGCGCCGGAGAGAUCAAGACCGGUGCUCCAGCCCGUUCGGAGCGUCUCGCCAAGCUCAACCAGAUCCUCCGUAUCGAGGAGGAGCUCGGCAGCAAUGCUGUAUACGCGGGCACGAAGUUCCGCACUGCAGUCAACUUGUAGAUUGUGGACGUCGAUGAAAGCACAUUUGGGAUAUACCAAGAUUAGCGUUAGGGCGUGAAUAGAACACGAACAGUUCCAUCGGUUCCGCAAAUUUUCAGGAUUAUACUUCUCCU